CGGGUUAGCCGCGCUGCCUGGGCCGGAGGGCGCCUUUGGCCGGGGAAGCGCCAAAGGAAGGCGCGCUAGCGGCCGGGGUCGGUUCUGCGAGGACCAGGGGCCGGGGGGCGGGAGGGAAACCGCGGGGCUGCACCUGGGGCGCCCCGGUCUGGUCCGCGGCGCCGCCUAUUUUUAAUAGCAUCUUUUGGACUCGUUUCCUUGGUCUCAGUCCUCGACCUCGGCGCUGCCUGGGCUCUCGCAGCCUCUCCCUAGGUCUACUCCAAACGACCACCUCGGAUUCCUUAUGGAUCGCAGCUCCAAGAGGAGGCAGGUGAAGCCUUUGGCAGCUUCUCUGCUAGAAGCUCUCGAUUAUGAUAGUUCAGAUGACAGUGAUUUUAAAGUUGGAGAUGCUUCAGAUUCUGAAGGGAGUGGUAAUGGAAGUGAAGAUCCUUCAAAGGACAGUGGAGAAGGUUCCUGUAGUGAUUCUGAAGAAAAUAUUUUAGAGGAAGAACUGAAUGAAGAUAUUAAAGUAAAAGAAGAACAACUUAAAAAUUCUGCAGAGGAAGAAGUACUAUCAUCAGAAAAACAGUUAAUUAAAGUGGAAAAGAAGGAGGAAGAAGAGAAUGGAGAGAGACCUAGAAAGAAAAAGGAAAAAGAGAAGGAGAAAGAAAAAGAUAAAGAGAAGGAGAGAGAGAAGGAUAAAGAAAAAGCAACAACAUCUGAUAACGUGGCUGCUUCUGCUGCUUCCACCACACUAGCCACAAGUCCUCCUGCUGCUAACACAUCUCCUUCAGUCCCCACUACAACAGCUACAGAGGAACAAGUCAGUGAGCCAAAAAAGUGGAACCUUCGUCGCAACCGACCACUUUUGGAUUUUGUAUCCAUGGAAGAGCUGAAUGACAUGGAUGACUAUGAUAGUGAAGAUGACAAUGAUUGGCGACCCACUGUAGUAAAAAGAAAGGGAAGAUCUGCAUCUCAGAAGGAAGGAAGUGAUGGAGACAAUGAGGAUGAUGAAGAUGAGGGAAGUGGGAGUGAUGAGGAUGAGAAUGAUGAAGGCAAUGAUGAAGAUCAUAGCAGCCCUGCCAGUGAAGGGGGUUGCAAGAAGAAGAAGAGUAAAGUUCUUAGCAGAAACAGUGCUGAUGAUGAGGAACUGACCAAUGAUAGCCUGACACUAUCUCAGAGCAAGAGUAAUGAGGACUCGCUGAUUCUUGAGAAGAGUCAAAACUGGAGUUCUCAAAAAAUGGACCAUAUUCUGAUUUGCUGUGUUUGUCUUGGAGAUAAUAGUGAGGAUGCUGAUGAAAUAAUUCAGUGUGACAAUUGUGGCAUUACAGUCCAUGAAGGUUGUUAUGGAGUUGAUGGAGAGAGUGACUCUAUUAUGAGUUCAGCUUCUGAAAACUCCACUGAACCUUGGUUUUGUGAUGCCUGUAAAUGUGGUGUUUCCCCUAGCUGUGAACUAUGUCCCAAUCAGGAUGGAAUUUUCAAGGAGACAGAUGCUGGAAGAUGGGUUCACAUUGUUUGUGCCCUGUAUGUUCCUGGUGUAGCCUUUGGAGAUAUUGACAAAUUGCGACCAGUAACACUAACAGAAAUGAACUAUUCCAAAUAUGGUGCCAAGGAGUGUAGCUUCUGUGAAGACCCUCGUUUUGCUAGAACUGGAGUUUGCAUUAGCUGUGAUGCAGGGAUGUGCAGAGCCUAUUUCCAUGUGACCUGCGCUCAGAAGGAAGGUCUGCUUUCAGAGGCAGCAGCAGAGGAGGAUAUAGCAGAUCCAUUUUUUGCUUAUUGUAAGCAACAUGCAGAUAGGUUAGACAGAAAGUGGAAGAGAAAAAACUACUUGGCUCUACAAUCCUAUUGUAAAAUGUCUUUACAAGAGAGAGAGAAGCAACUAUCACCAGAAGCACAGGCAAGAAUCAAUGCCCGGCUUCAGCAAUAUCGUGCCAAAGCAGAACUAGCUCGGUCCACCAGACCCCAGGCCUGGGUUCCAAGGGAAAAAUUGCCCAGACCACUCACUAGCAGUGCUUCGGCCAUUCGUAAACUUAUGAGGAAAGCAGAACUAAUGGGGAUCAGUACAGAUAUCUUCCCAGUGGACAAUUCAGAUACUAGUUCUAGUGUGGAUGGAAGGAGAAAACAUAAGCAACCUGCUCUCACUGCUGAUUUUGUGAAUUAUUAUUUUGAGAGAAAUAUGCGCAUGAUUCAAAUUCAAGAAAAUAUGGCUGAACAAAAGAAUAUAAAGGAUAAAUUAGAGAAUGAACAAGAAAAGCUUCAUGUGGAAUAUAAUAAGCUGUGUGAAUCUUUAGAAGAACUACAAAACCUGAAUGGAAAACUUCGAAGUGAAGGACAAGGAAUAUGGGCCUUACUAGGCAGAAUCACAGGGCAGAAGUUGAACAUACCGGCAAUUUUGCGAGCACCCAAGGAGAGAAAACCAAGUAAAAAAGAAGGAGGCACACAAAAGACAUCUACUCUUCCUGCAGUACUUUAUAGUUGUGGAAUUUGUAAGAAGAACCAUGAUCAGCAUCUUCUUUUAUUGUGUGAUACCUGUAAACUCCAUUACCAUCUUGGAUGUCUGGACCCUCCUCUUACAAGGAUGCCAAGAAAGACCAAAAACAGUUAUUGGCAGUGUUCAGAAUGUGACCAGGCAGGGAGCAGUGACAUGGAAGCAGACAUGGCCAUGGAAACCUUACCAGAUGGGACGAAACGAUCAAGGAGGCAGAUUAAGGAACCAGUGAAAUUUGUUCCACAGGAUAUGCCUCCAGAACCCAAGAAGAUUCCAAUAAGAAACACGAGAACCAGAGGACGAAAACGAAGCUUCAUUCCUGAGGAAGAAAAACAUGAGGAGAGAGUUCCUAGAGAGAGGAGACAAAGGCAGUCUGUGUUACAAAAGAAGCCCAAGGCUGAGGAUUUACGAACUGAAUGUGCAACUUGCAAGGGAACUGGAGACAAUGAAAACCUUGUCAGCAGGAUGAGAUUGUCUGAAACGAAGAAUAGGUGUGAUGAAUGUAGACUGUGCUACCAUUUUGGUUGUUUGGAUCCUCCUUUGAAAAAGUCUCCUAAACAAACAGGCUAUGGAUGGAUAUGUCAGGAGUGUGAUUCUUCAUCUUCUAAGGUUCACAGCAAAAUUGAGUGGACCGUACAGAGAGUUUCCAUGUAUCACCUGUUCCCACAGAUGCACAGCCAACCUCCCCCACUUGUGACAUCCCGCACCUCAGUGUUACAUUUGUUACCAUUGAUGAACCUGCACUGACACAUCAUUACCACCCCAAGUCCAUAGUUUACAUUAGGGUUAACUCUUGGUGUUGUACAUUCUGUAGGUGUUGACAUAUGUAUAAUUAUAUCCAUCAUUACAGUAUCAUGCAGAAUAGUUUUAUUGCCCUAAAAAUCCACUAUGCUCCACCUAUUUACUCCUCCCUCCCUUUCCCAAACCCCUGGCAACCACAGAUC